ACCCUGUGUGCUCGGGGAUUUCCUCUUGUGCUCGGUGUAAGGAGAGCAGGAUAUCAGACAAGAAGUUUAUGUCUGUGCUGUAAAACAGGAGCUGGGCUACAGUUAGCCUCAAAUUGCUAACUAAAGGGGAGAAAAUUAGUUCGCAAAGCCACGUUAAGCACUGAAUUGGAAACUAAAGCUGGGGCUAUUGUAAAGUAAACCAUACCAAGAUACUCGGGAAGCUUAAAGCAGAGCAGUGCCUCAAGCUAAAACAGAUAAAAACAGUGUAAACUGUGACACCGAAACACCGUCAUUAUUAUUAAUAUUUAUUGAUGGAUUGUUAAUGUUUUACGUUUCUUAUUGACGAAGAUGUUAAAUAUUUGCAGGUUUUUGUGCCUGCUGUACUGACAUUGUAAAGGAGCUGUCAAUGAUUAUUUUUUGGUUUUAUAGGGAAAAAAAGAGUUUUGUAGUCAUAAACAUGCAUUAAUUAAUCUUGCUGAUGCAUUCUCAUAAACUUGAAAUGCAUAUCAGUGGCUGGUGGUUUGUGGAAGCUGCCAUGAUGAAUACAAUGGAUGAAUAGACAUGGCCUUAAGCCUGAAUUAUGCUUCAGCAGGAAGUCUGCUUGGUUUCAGUUGUUUACCUUUAACACUGGGUGUUAAACCUCACUGUGGGAGGAUUCGUUAUAGCAUUCGUCCCAAAAGUCCUGUGAUGUCAUUUGUAUAGGACACCAAUGCAAAGCAACACAACACAUUGUUAUGUUGAGGACAUCGAGGCGAUGGUAUAUCUGCUGCUAAGCUGAUGGUAAACCUCAGCACCUCAUCAUUGGACCACAGUGUUGGUUUGUGUGCAGCCAUUUCCCUCGUUUCUGUGUUUCAAAAAUGAAGAGUGUGAUUCUUCCGGAGGCGUCACUCUUAUGACUCAUCCAAUCAGUGGCAUGGAGCCUGGUUACAUCACAUUUUUGGCUCAACUCAGCUCGCUUGGAACCGGGGUCAAGUAGCUACCAGUGGCAAAGAGGCUUAAAUGUAACAAGUGGUUGUUUAAGGUCUCUUGACGGGCGAUCAUGGAGUCAGUCAGCAGUCUGUCCAUGCUGGGCCGCAAGCAGCUCACUGUCUGCCUGGUGGACUGUAUGAAGACUCUGGGGGUCCCGAGGGCAGAGCCUGAAGCCCCGUCUGGUGACCUUCCAGUCCUCACUCUGAGAGAGCUGUCUGUCUCUUUGGUGGACUGCAUGAAAACUCCAGUGCUGAACAGUGACGAUAAUCACAGCAGCUUGCAGCUCAACUUGAAAGAGGAGGACGAGCAGUUGGGGAGAGAGUACGAGGGCUCAAAGCUGGAGCUGCACCCAGUCUGGCAGGACAGCAGAGUCGGAGCAGAGAUUCAUUUGUAUAAAGAAGAAGAAGAAAACAAAAACAACAUCUUGGUGGCAAACAAACCUGAAGAGCUUGCUCAGACUGAUGGCAAAAUGUUAGUGUUUCAGGAGAACGGCAGCGGCACCAAAGGGAUGGCGUGGCUCAUACAGUGUUCCGAACUAUCAGAGUCACUCGAAACAGCUGCACUGGGCGCCAGUUCAGAGGAGGACAUGGAUGCAAUGUCACAGCAAAGUCAGGAAGAAGAUGCUUUAUCAGACAGAGCAGAGACGGCACAGCAGGACACUGAAGCAGAGGAAGCUGAAGAUGCAGAAACCCCCGAGCCCGAGUCUGGAGCUCCUUCUUGCAUGUCUUCAACCAAUGAAAACCAAACAGAGAACCAACAGGAUGCUGCGUCUGAACCCCGACACCACCGCUGUGAGCACUGUGGGAAGUCCUUCGCAAGGAAGAGCAACGUCCUCCGACACCAGCGGCACAACUGCAGCAGAACAAAACCCACAGAAGAUUCAGACCAGCUGGAGCAGGAGACGUUCUCAUGCAGCAGGUGCAUUCUAACAUUUGACACUAAACGCGGGCUGAAGCUGCAUGAGCUCUGUCACAAAGAGAACGGUGAAAGUCACGAGGGCAAAGACAGUAAUGAGGUUCAACGAGAGAGGCCUCACACCUGCACACAAUGUAAUAAGAGCUUCUACGUGCUGUACACACUGCGGCAGCAUCUCCUCACUCACACUGGGGAGAAAUCUUACCACUGUGAGGUCUGUGGGAAGCAGUUUGGCAGGGAAGGAACUCUGAAGGAGCACAUGCUGAUCCACACAGGGGAGAAACCUUAUGAAUGCGACCAGUGCGGCAAGACCUGUGCCAGGCGCGGGGACCUCAGAAUACACAUGUUGAGCCACUCUGAGGAGAGACCUCACAACUGCAGCCACUGUGGCAAAAGCUUCAAACAGCUUUUCAAACUGAGGAAGCACGAGCGAAUCCACACAGGGGAGAAACCCUACCAAUGUCAGCUUUGCGCAAAGAAGUUUAGACUGCAGGAAUCGCUGGCAUCACACAUCCACACCCACACUGGAGAGCAGCCCUUCAAGUGCAGACUCUGCCCCAAGGCCUUCAGUAUCAGGAGCAACUUGAAGAAGCACCAAAUGAUACACACCGGGGAGAAGCGCUUUCACUGCUCACACUGCGACAAAAGUUUCCGGCUGCAGCAGCACCUGAUAUUCCAUGAGCGGGGCCACACAGGGGAGAAACCAUACAAGUGUGAAAAAUGUGGGAAAGGUUAUUGUCACCCGUCCACGUUGAAAACACACCUGUCCGCUCAUGAGGAGAAACCACCACGGUGUUCCCUGUGCGGGCGGGAAUUUAGAGAUCAGGAGGAGUUAGCCAAUCACGGGUGUGCUGAGUCAGCAGAAAAACCACAUCGCUGCUCUCAGUGUGGAAAGUGCUUUUCCCAGAUCAUGAAUAUGAAGAAACACCAGAUGAUCCACUCAGGGGAAAAACCCUUCGCGUGCAAGGAGUGUGGGAAGCAGUUCAACCACAGUGGGAAUCUCACAAAGCACAUGCGCACCCACACCGAUGAAAGGCCGUUUGAGUGUGAACUCUGCAAGAAGCGCUUCAGGCUCCUGCAGCACCUCACAAAUCACAGAUUAACUCACAACAAGAAAAAGUAGAGACUGAAUCUGAUGUUUUAGUGGAAGCAGCCGCAGAUUAGGAGGACAAACAGGGAUGACUGCUGAGAUGAGAUUACGUUGACUCAGCUUCACCCCAUUUUAAACUUUAACUGUAGCUCUUUUAGUUGUUCUUCAUGUAAAAUGAGACGGAAGAAUGUUAGAGAGAAACUCGCUGCCUUGGUCUUUAAAUGAUAAAAUGCUUUUAGAAUUAUAGUUUGGGACAGUUUUGUAUUCUUUUAUUUUAUUUUUUUUACAGAUUAAUAUAUUAAAUUGGGGAUUUGUCCCAAAAUGAAAAGGAUUAAAAAAAUGAAAUGCCAAAAAAAGAAACUAUUUCGGGAAUAAAAGUCAAUAUUAAAACCAAAGAGCUAAGAAACUAUCUUGUGUCUGGAUGUCAUAGUUUUCAUUGGUAAAAUACAGAUUGGAUAUUGAUCAUCAAGUAGUGAGUUACAAUCAUACUUUCACCACUACCUCACUGUAGUUGUCAGAGUAAUUAAUAAUAUAGAUAAUAGAGAAAAUUAAAAAGAAAAAACUGCUGUUGGUCAAAAUGGGCAUCAACUUUUUGCCCUGUUUUAAGUCAUGUAUCUCUAAUUAAGGAAACUCAUUGCGCUCAUUAACACAGACUGACUCCGAUUGAUUGGCAGAGGUUUCCAAAUAACUGCAGAUUGCAAUCUGUCUGAGAGUUGCCACAACUACUUGUAGAUGGUUGGCCUUGCGAUGUAAUUCAAUGCAACUAUUGGUCACCUAUCUUUAUAAAUUUAUUCUUCUCCUAGUUGCAGAGACAAUGCUUUCCUACCUUUACUCCAGUGUGAUAUCUGCUGUAACCCAAACUGUGCUGCCACUGGAUUUCUUGCAAUGUGCAUGUUUUUAACGUGAUACGUGUCAACCUACGCAAGUGGCCAACACUGUUACCAGCAUUCAAACUUGUCCUGGGUGUUUUAUCUGUUUACCUUCAGAUUGUGAGCCUUUAUGUAAUUUCAAUUUUUUUUUAUGAAUUGCAAG